AUGGAAAUCAGCUGGCUCUACCCUUCCCUCACUCUCCUCCUCAUCCUCUUAAUCUCCCUCAAAUCCUUCUCACAAAAGGGCAAAAACCACAAACUCCCGCCAAGCCCGGCCCGGGCCCUCCCAAUCCUUGGCCACCUCCACCUCCUGAAGACCCCCAUCCACCGCACUUACCACCGCCUCGCCCAGAAAGCGGGCCCCAUCUUCUCCCUCCGCCUCGGCCGCCGCCUUGCCGUGGUCGUCUCCUCUUCAGAUCUCGUCGAGGAGUGCUUCACCCGAAACGACGUCGUCCUCGCCAACCGCCCUCGGCUAAUGAUCGGCAAAUUCAUCGGCUACAACUACACCACACUCGCCGGCUCCCCCUACGGAGACCACUGGCGGAACCUCCGCCGCCUCACCACCAUCGAGGUCUUCUCCGGCGCGCGGCUCAACACGUUCAACUCCAUCCGGCACGACGAGGUCCGGCUCCUUCUGCGGAAGCUCCACAACUGGGCCUCGUCUUCGUCCGGGGGAUUUGCGAGGGUGGAGCUCAGAUCUGUGGUUUUGGAGGUGACCUUCAACAAUAUCAUGCGGAUGGUGGCCGGGAAGAGGUACUUCGGGGUUAUGCUGCUAGCCGGGACCGACACGUCAGCAGUGACCAUAGAAUGGGCCAUGUCUGCCCUACUCAACAAUCCCGAGAAACUCAACAAGGCUAGAAUCGAGAUCGACAAUCUCGUCGGGAAAGACCGCCUGAUCGAAGAGUCCGAUUUAUCCAACCUCCCUUACCUUCAACACGUUAUCUCCGAGACAUUCCGAUUGUUCCCAGCAGCUCCACUGCUUGUACCUCACGAGGCAUCGAGUGAUUGUACCAUCGGUGGGUACCAUAUACCACGUGGCACCAUCCUGAUUGUCAAUGCAUGGGCCAUUCAUAGAGACCCCAAAAUUUGGGACGACCCCACCAGCUUCAUUCCCGAGCGUUUCGAAGCUGGAGAGGUUGGGCCGACAAAGUUGAUACCGUUUGGGAUGGGAAGGAGGUCGUGCCCGGGUAUGGGCCUGGCCCAACGUAUGGUGGGCCUGACCUUAGGGUCUCUGAUUCAGGGCUUUGAGUGGCAAAGGGUUGAUGAGGCCUUGGUCGAUUUGGCCGAAGGGACCGGGACAUCGAUGCCCAAAGUGAUACCAUUGGAAGCCAUGUGCAAAUCUCGUGAUGUGCUGCAGAAUGUGUUUGGUGGGGCAGUGACCUUCAACAACAUCAUGCGGAUGGUGGCCGGGAAGAGGUACUUCGGGGUUAUGCUGCUAGCCGGGACCGACACGUCAGCAGUGACAGUAGAAUGGGCCAUGUCCGCCCUACUCAACAACCCUGACAAACUCCGCAAGGCCAGAAUCGAGAUCGACAAUCUUGUUGGAAAAGACCGUCUUAUCAACGAAUCCGAUUUAUCCAACCUCUCUUAUCUUCAAGACAUUAUCUCCGAGACAUUUCGAUUGUUCCCAGCAGGUCCACUGCUUGUACAUCACGAGGCAUCGAGUGAUUGUACCAUUGGUGGGUACCAUAUACCACGUGGCACGAUCCUGAUUGUCAACGCAUGGGGCAUUCACAGGGACCCUAAAAUUUGGGACGACCCCACCAGCUUCAUUCCCGAGCGUUUCGAAGCUGGAGAGGUUGAGCCUACAAAGUUGAUACCAUUUGGCAUGGGAAGGAGGUCGUGCCCGGGUAUGGGUCUGGCCCAACGUAUGGUGGGCUUGACCUUAGGGUCUCUGAUUCAGGGCUUUGAGUGGCAUAGGGUUGAUGAGGCCUUGGUCGAUUUGGCCGAAUGGACUGGGACAUCGAUGCCCAAAGUGAUACCAUUGGAAGCCAUGUGCAAAUCUCGUGAUUUGCUGCAUAAUGUGUUUGGUGGGGCUGUCUGAUCGAAACAUUGGAUUUCAUUCUGCUAUGGAGAAGUUUGUAUGAUUAUGCAAUAUCAGUUUGUACUAGUGCGGAUAUUACGUAACGAAUAUUCCUUUGUUUUCGCUGGUGUUUUACUAGACAAAUAAACAGCAUACCAAAAAAGAUAUCCAAUGUAUAUUUACCGUUGAACAUAUGUGAAAUCAUGAAAUUAUGUUUGAGUAAUAUACAUGUUAUGAAAACAUUUCUUCUUCGGUUAAUUUUUAGUGUAUAUGUUGAAAGUUUGUUUAAUUAAACAUUUCUACAUUC